AUGGCGAGCGUGUCGAGCUUCGUCUGGACGUAUUACACGAUUGGAGGGUUGGUGGUCUGCCUCCUCGCCGUUAUUUUCAACACCGCAGUCCUGGCCAUCCUUUUGCAUAAACGUGAAUUGUUGCACAAUCCGUUCUACAUUUACAUUCUUAAUUUGCUGGCAACAAAUCUGGUGGUGUUGAUAAUUAAUGGUCCGUUGGCGCUGCUGGUCGGUGGCUAUCAAGUGUGGUGGUUCAGUAUGGACUUUUGCGAUGUGUACUUAUACUUUUCCUAUGUCUUGGGAUCGGUUUCGCUGCUGUGCCACCUUCUGAUUACGACCAAUCGGAUUUGGGCGGUUAUGUUUCCCAUCUCUUAUAAACGGCUGCACACCAGAAAAGUUGCCGCCCUUAUUUGCCUGUCAAUGUGGAUAGCCAUCCAUGUCCUUAUGCUGCCGGGAGUAAUUAUCAACAAGUUCAACGCUUUGCCAUUAGAAGAAUAUGGCUGUAUAAUCAACGUAAUCUCUUGUGACAAACUGAUUGCUUGGAAUGCUGUCUCGGAAAUGAUCUUAACGCUAUUGAAUCUGCUUAUUGUCACCGCGUAUCCCUUCAUUCUUGUCAAACACCAUCGACGCCAGCGCAUUCGUCCCGGUGCGUCACAGAUGCCGGCGAUUUCCGUUCCGCGCUGGUCGACGUUGUGGCAACGCUUCCGUCCAGCAGCAACCGGUGACGAAGCAUCGCAUAGCAGAGAAGAUGGUAGUUUAUCGCUCGGGCAAAGAGCAACGGGAAAGCAGCCGCGCCUCAGUCACAGGAAACGCCAGAACGCCAGUGCCUUCUGGGUGUUAACUCUAUCAACAGGCUCGGUGUUCUUUUUAUUGACGCCGUGCUUAGUAUAUACCUGCUUUAUUAGUCUUGGCGGGGCAUACGACGUGAAUAUUUUUAACAUUGUCACAAUGGUGUACACCGCGCAAGCGGCGGUGGAUCCGCUGCUUUUUGUUCUAGCGUUAACAGAGCUGCGCAGUUUCCGCAAAAAGCAGCCGUAA